AUGGCGGCCAUCGCAACAUUCACCCGCAUCACCAUCAGGACGCGGGCGCCUUGGUAUCGCGCCCUCCCCCGGCGCGAGCUACACCGCUGCAUCCAAGUCGACCCCGGAACCCUCCGGCCCCAAUAUACGUCCAAGAUCGCCAACCGCGACGCCCAAAGCUACGACUCGGACGUCGAGACCAAACUCACAUACCACCAGCACGGUUUCGCCCGCUGCCAGUGA